AUGAAAGAACGACUCGUGUUUAUACUCCUUGGAAUAUCCCUUAGCAUCAGAGCACUUUCGCGUGUACCUUUGCUGAAAUGGACCGACACGGAGACCCCUAUUGAUGGGAGGGCAGUUGCUGAAUUUCUGACGCGAAGGUACAUUAAAGGCAACGUGCUCGCCUCGGACAAUGCGACAGGUUUCAAUGAACCACUAUUGUACUCACCGUUGAAUACAGCCUAUUAUGGCAAUAUCUAUAUUGGAACACCUCCUCAGCAGUUCCUGGUGCAGUUCGAUACUAGUACUGCUGAACUCUGGGUCCCGUGCAUGGGCUGCAAUCCUGAGUUAGAAUCUUGCACAAAGCAUCGUAAGUUCGACUGUGAUCUUUCGACAACUUGCAACGCGACAGGGAAUUCGUUCGAGCUCCAAUAUGAAGGCGGCAUGGCUAUGGGUUCCGUCGACCAAGACAUCGUUUGUUUUGGAUGUGGCUGUGGGAGCUAUUGUACCAACAAAAAUCAAGGAUUCGGUUGCGUCACAGUUGCAACCGGCGAGAAAUUCGCAAACAGCGUAUUCGACGGUGUUUUCGGCAUGGCAUGGAGAUCUGUAGCAGUGGACAACAUUUCACCCCCUCUAGAUCAAAUCUUCGCCAACAAGGCACAGUGCCCAGAAGCUCUUUUCGCCUUUUACAUACCCCCUAACAGUAACGCAUCAGGUGUUGCUGGAGAAUUGACCAUAUGUGGAACAGAUCCUGCCCAUUAUAAGGGAAAUAUAUCAUGGGUACCUUUGAUUAGCGAAUCAUAUUGGACAAUCAGCUUGGGACCGGUGUAUGUCAGAGGUACGACGAUAACAAAUGAAACACAGGAAGCCAUUGUUGACACAGGCAGAUCAUUCAUUGUCGGACCUACUGAUGCUGUACAGAAGCUUCAAAAUUUAUUCUCGUCAGCGGGGGCCACGAAUACUACAGGAGGCGUGUACCAAAUCGAAUGCAGUAAUAUCUCAAAAUUGCCAGCAGUCAUAAUCACUCUUGGUGGUCACGAGUUCGUCCUUCAAGGUUCCGAUUAUGUCAUCCAGAACAACGAGACCUGUCAACUCGGCUUUUUAGCAUUCGACAUCCCACCUUUGAUGGGCCCUCCUUGGGUUCUUGGCGACGUCUUCCUUCGCAAUUUCUACACCGUUUUCGACCACGGAAAUAAGCGUGUUGGAUUCGCCAAGCCCACUGAAAAAUGUCUCAGUCCCAAAUAA